AUGUUAAAUCUAUUAAUGAAAAAUUAUAAUAUUAAACAAUUGACUAAAAAAUCCGUUUAUUCAAUACUGAAAAAUCAAGAUGAAAGUUUAAUAUUUGUAAAAUCAAAUUCAUACAUGAAUGAAAGUGUUAAAUCAUGGCAAAAGUUUGAAAAAGAUGAAAGAGUAAAAGGGAGUUUAAUAUUGAUCUUAUAUGAUGAUUUUGAAUCAAAUUUAGGAACUGUUAAAUUGUCAAAAUUUAAGAAAAAUGAGUCACAUAAUGGAAUUAAAAAUUUAAUAGCAUCCGAAUUGAAAGAUUUGAAUUGUUAUAAACUAGGAAUUGGUAUUGGUCCUAAACCAAGUAAUGCAACUAGAGAAACGAUGGCAAGCUGGGUAUUAAGUUCAUUUAAUUUAGACCAAAUUAAAUCUAUACAUGAAGAUGUUUUAGAAUUGUUGAUUUUUUAUGUACAAAACAUAGUUGAAAGUGAAGGAAUAACUGAUACUAAUAAGUUUAAUGCAAGAAUGACAAAACUAUGGAUAUCAAGAAAUGAAAAUUGA